CUUCUUUCUCCAGAAAUGGCCCAACAGAUGGAGAAACCUAGAGUCACAGAGAUACAGGUCAGAAUGGACUGUAAUGGGUGUGUACAAAAAAUCAAGAAGGCUCUACAUGGCAUCCAUGGUAUUCAUGAUCUUUAUAUAGAUUUUCCUCGGCAAAAGAUUACUAUAGUAGGAUCAGCAGAUCCUGAAAAGAUAGUGAAGGCAAUAAAGAAGACAAGAAAGAGUGCCAUUGUUUGUUCCCACAUAGAACAAGUAGACCCUCCAACAGAGCCCGAGGAAGCUGCACCAGCUGAGACUGAAGCACCCACCCCUGAAUCCAGCAAUCCUCCAACAGAAGCUCCACCAGCUGAAGAGCCACCCAACGAACCGCCAAAAGAUCCACCGACACAAGAAAAUCAACCAGCAGAGGAGAAACAAACACAUGAGGGUGCUGAAAACGCCAAAAGCCAAUCAGAUCAACCCUCUAAACCAAGAGAUGUUGAAGAGGUUCAUGUAAUUUACCACUAUCCACCAGAAUAUGGUUACAGAUACAACUUUAGCCAGGGUAUGAGUAGUCAUGAGCCACCCAGGGACCAUGGAUACCGAUACAACUAUGGUCAGAACGUGAUCCAUGAGCCACCCCGGGACCAUCGUUACAGCAGAUACAACUAUGCUCAGAGUAUGAGCCAAGAGCCACCCAGGGAAAAUGGCUACAACAGAUACAACUAUGGUCAGAGCAUGAGCUAUGAGCCUCCUAGGGACCAUGGUAACAGAUAUAACUAUGGCCAGAGCAUGAUCCAUGAGCCUCCCCAAGGAAACUCCGGUUUCAGAAAUAAUCAUGCUCGUCCUAUCGGUCCAGAAUUCAGACCUGAGGUGCCACCACCAGGUCAACCACCGGUUUAUGUGACUCACAGCUACAAUAGCUACCAGCCAUCACCCUAUGUGACUGGAUAUGAAUACAGGUCACCACCAAGAUACACACAAUAUACUAGGCCAGAGCAUUACUCUGAGGACUAUCACCAUGGAAACAACAGCAAUGGAACAAUCAGCUCAGUUUUCAGUGAUGAAAAUCCAAAUGCAUGCACAAUAGCAUAGGAAGGGUGAGCAAAAUGGUUUGCAAGGGAGGCAAGUAAUUUUUUUGUUUCACCUGUAAGAAAGAAAAAUGCCAAACUAAUUCCAGAUGAUUCGUAAAGUAACUCACAAUAAAAAAUAAAAAAAAGCAAACAUGUGUAAAUGUUGAGAGAAAUGAGAUUCUUGACUUCAAAAGCAAAAGGGAAUAUAUCCUCCGCUCCACCUCUACAAGGCUAAUCCAGACCACCUGCCAUUCAUUUCCUGAAGAAGAAUAUGAAUAUAUCUCCUUUAUUCUUGGAAUUUAUUCCUCAGCUUUACUUAAAAUAAUUUAGUCAUCCUUUAUGCUUGAAAAUUAAUCAUCCUUUUCUGCCAAAAUACAGAAAGUUACAACUUUAAUUGACUAUGAAAUGGAGAAAUAAAGGAAUUUGGUACUUACUUUUGUAA